CAGACCGACGGCAGUGCCUUCUGAAAGAUUCCGGAUGUUCUGACGACGUGAGUGGUGAGACACGCCAGAACAGCCAUCAUGUCGCACAAAUAUGUUUCCAACAAAGCUGUCUUAAAGGACAAAGGAUUCCUUUCGAAGCUCGGCUCGACCCUGAUGGGCCGAUCCAACCCGGACCCGUUCGUCGACGUGAAGGUACAGUCGUCCAUCACCUGGCGCAAGACAUCUGAUGUAAAGGCGCGAAUCAAGACCGCCACGGGCACAAUCCCCGUAUAUGAUGAUCUCGGCGAGGAAGAGAUGGCCGUUCUUCAGGCGGAGGCCUUGGCGGCCGCCGGAGGAUCGGCCCCUUCGUUCUCUGGGCCCGCGGCCGUGGCGGUGCAGACUGCUGCCCUUGCGGCAGGAUUCGGGAGAACCAUGUCUGGCGAGCAGUAUCGCAUGGUAUUGCUUGGACAACGGAGACCUUCAGCACCACAAGGCUUGCUCUACACUUCCCUUCUGCCGUCUUCAGGGCCUACCAAGCUUUCCUAUAAUAUGGACACCAAUGACGAUGAUUCUCUCUCUCGUUAUUGUUCCCGUGCUACCAACAUCGUCUGGAGCGACUUAGACGGAGCUCCUCUCACUACGCAUAGAAAAGCAUCGCGAGCUUUGCCUACUGAUCUCGAUGAGGUAGAGACUGAGUCGUCACACAAGCCACGCCGAGCCUCACGAGCCCAUACUACAAACCUAGCAGACCUAGAUCCUGUUCCUUUCGCUUAUCGCCGAGCUACAAGGGAAGAGAAGAAGGAGUAUGGCGAAAGUUAUGCAGUUAUGCCGUAUGAGCCAAUAGUAAUAGAAGAAACAUUAGACACAAAGCCAAUCUGCAGAUCAGAUACUGUGGCUAAUCUUCUUGACAAAUAUUCGAACUUUUCAACCAAACGAGAAUUUGGAUAUCGAGGUCCAACCAGCGCUUGGGCACGUCACCUGGGGGAAACCCAUGCUUUUGUCUCCACGAUCCCAGAUACUGAUGACUCCAUGGAUGAUUCCAGGAGAACGCAUUCUAGAACCGGACCACCUGUGUCAGCCGAGAACGACCUCGCAGGCCUUUCAAGGUCUCGGGAACAUUCCCGUUCCCGCACGCCCCGGCCCCUCGACGGUAGAGGUCUCAGCCAUCUCAUCCAGAGAUGA